AUGCCCGAAGGGGAGCUAUGGUCUACAUUAGUCACCGCCAUCGAUCCCGACCAUAUCAAAGCCAUGCCCGCCGUCCUCUUGUCCACUAUUGAGCUUCUGGAGACGGAACUGGCCAAUGCGAGAGCAGCGCUCGAGGAACUCCAGCCCCAUGCUGCUCCCAUGUUUUCGCGAAGAGAUGAACUCGCUCUAGGUGCGAUGACUGCUUACCGCCAGAAUCUCAUCGGCCGUGCCCCGGAUUUCUUUUACGGUACUAGCCGAUUGACCUCGAAAGAAUUGGGGCUUGUACCAAUGGUUCACGAAGUGCUACCAGAUGACGAAGAACCCUACGAAGCCGUGCAGCGCGACACCGCAAAGCUUCAACCCAUAUCCACCGUCCUGCAUAAACCAGCCACUCUUAACGAUGUUCUAUCGAACAAUUUAAUCCUCGACCACAUCGCUCCAUAUUUGUCCACGCCAGCCUUGUUUGCUGUGGCCUCGACCUCGCGCAAUUUCAGGUCCUUGAUCCUGGGCACACCUUAUGUUUUCAGACAUCUAGACCUAACCCAAUGUCGCGGCGCCUAUAUCAUCACUGAACUUUUUGAGAAUCUCGAGAAUCAAGCAACAAGAAACGUUCAACCGAGUGACGCAACCACAGCGGACGAAUUUUAUGCAGCACCUCUCCGAAACAUUUUUGCCCAUCUGGAACGGUUAUCGCUUUUGCAAGACGUGCGAACUCUGGUACUAGAUGGAGUAUCCGUGCCGGCUGAACUGAUUGCCGACAUCAUACUGUCAGAUCGUUUCAACAUCAACAUACUCUCAAUAAGAGGGUGCCGGCAACUGAAUGAGCGGAAGCUGAUGCAGGUUCUAAACUAUGCGGUCAGACCUACACGGCCGAAAGGAACCCCACGUUUGAAGGGAUUAUACUAUUUUACCCCCAUAGUAGAGUCCCCGGGUAUCGUACGUAGUAAGUACCGUGACUGGUGGAACUCAAGAUGUUCCAGCCAAGGCUCAAGCGAGGGAUCUGUGCUCGGAGAAAGUCCACUCUCGCGUGAAGAGCCGACGAAGAGUUCAUGCAAGGAGGACCCCUGGUUUUAUCCGUCAGGGAAGAUUUUCAAGGGAAGCAUAGAUGAUGGAUGGGCAGAGACUGUGCAGAAGUGCGAGGGUAUAAUUGCCUUCGACGCUGUGCUCUGUCGAGGCCAUCGGCACAACUUUGAGUUCCAUGCCUUAUCACAGACCAAUGCACAUUCAAACCAAGAGAGUCGACUGCUCGCGCCGGCAAUUGCCACAGUUGCUCUUGGUCCCAGAGGUUGCGAUGGGUGCCACACGGCACCUGAAGGCCCGGAUAUCUGGGGUCAAUCCAACGAGGAGCGAUUUCCCCUGCUUGCGCCACCUCCGCUGCAUUCAUCUGCAGUGACAGCAGCUAGGCGCCCCGCGCUCAAUUCUCACGAACAAGCGGUGUUAAUAGCUCGAUGCACAGAAUGUCUAACCGACCGCUGGUGCCAUCGUUGCAACAAAUGGUUUUGCGCCAGUUGCCUGCCACACCCAGAGCGGGUAAGAAGCAACCUCACCCCGCAUCAGACGGCUGUUAGAGGUCCCAGAGGGGAUGAUUCGAACAUGGGCAGGCCGGGCGUGAGCAAGGACUGCUGGGAAUGUGGACCCACGUGCGCUCCUUGCAAGGCGAAAUACCAACGGACAUGCAGCUCCUGCCAAGGAGAUUACUGUAUUGAACACAAUGAAGGGUGCUCACCAACACUGUGCGCCUGGUGCAAUACCAGCACCCGCCAUAGGGUGAGAGAGUUAUAUUGAUGGGAAUUGUGGCGCGCAGAAUCCGCUAUCCUAUCUUCAAUUAGCCGACAGGAU